GGAUUUAUGUCGUAACUGCAGACAGACACAAGCUCAACACAGAAGUAGAAGAAGAGUUUCAGCACGUGCUCUCAGUUAACACAACUUCAUCUCACUUCAGAGAAGAGCUUGAAAUCUCACGAUGCCAGCUCAGAUCAUCUGCGGGAAAACCGUCUCAGCUCAGGUCAGAGGGAGGCUGAAGGAAGAGGUGGAAGGCAUGAGGAAGACUCAUCCCAAUUUCAAACCAGGCCUUGUGGUGUUACAGGUGGGAGACAGAGAGGACUCAAACUUGUACAUUAGCAUGAAGCUGAAAGCUGCUGCUGAGAUCGGGAUCAAUGCUGUACAUGUGAAACUUCCACGGACUGCAACUGAAGAUGAGGUUAUGCGCAGUGUAAUCGAAGUCAACGAGAACUCCACAGUUCAUGGGCUCAUAGUCCAGCUGCCUCUCGACUCCAUCCACACUAUCAAUACAGAAAGGAUUAUCAACGCUGUGGCUCCAGAGAAAGAUGUUGAUGGUUUGACGAGUAUAAAUGCAGGGAAACUGGCACGAGGUGAUCUUGGAGACUGUUUUAUCCCAUGUACUCCUAAUGGAUGUAUGGAGCUCAUCAAACAAACAGGAGUGUCUGUGGCAGGAAAAAGAGCUGUGGUAAUUGGCCGCAGUAAGAUUGUUGGUGCACCGAUGCACGACCUUCUCCUAUGGAAUCAUGCAACUGUAACAACUUGUCAUUCAAAGACUGCAGACCUGGCCUCUGAGGUGGGAAAGGCAGACAUCCUGGUGACUGGGAUUGGUAAAGCAGAGAUGGUUCGUGGAGAGUGGCUGAAGAAUGGUGCUGUGGUCAUUGACUGCGGGAUUAACACCAUCACAGACAGCAGCAGACCAAGUGGAAAGAGAGUUGUUGGAGACGUUCACUUCGACUCGGCCAAAGAUCAGGCUGCGUUUAUCACACCUGUACCUGGAGGAGUCGGCCCAAUGACUGUAGCCAUGCUCAUGCAGAACACAGUUCUGAGUGCCAAGCACUUCCUUCAAGCACAAGAACCUGGGAAGUGGAAUAUAAAUUACCCCAAACUCAACCUGCAAAGACCAGUUCCAAGUGAUGUCGCCAUCUCUCGCUCCUGUGUGCCUAAACCCAUCGAGUGUCUCGCUAAGGAGAUUGGUCUCUUUUCGGAUGAGGUUGAGCUCUAUGGCAGGACCAAGGCCAAAGUCCAGCUGAAAACAAUUGAUCGACUGCAGGCUCAACCUGAUGGCAAAUAUGUGGUUGUUACUGGAAUCACUCCAACUCCUCUGGGUGAAGGAAAGAGCACAACUACGAUAGGGCUGGUUCAAGCACUCGGGGCUCAUCUCAAACUUAAUGCAUUUGCAGCUGUGCGCCAGCCGUCACAAGGGCCAACGUUUGGCAUCAAAGGUGGUGCUGCUGGUGGGGGUUACUCUCAAGUCAUUCCCAUGGAAGAGUUCAAUCUUCAUCUGACUGGUGACAUUCAUGCAAUCACAGCAGCCAAUAACCUUGUAGCUGCUGCAGUCGAUGCUCGUAUCUUUCAUGAAGCCACCCAGUCUGAUAAGGCUCUCUUUAAUCGCUUGGUACCCUUGGCUGGAGGUCAGAGGAAGUUUUCCCCAGUUCAGAUCAACAGACUUGAAAAACUAGGCAUAAAGAAAACAGACCCCAGCACGUUAACAGAGGAGGAAAUCACACGCUUCGUCAGGCUGGACAUCGACCCUGAGUGCGUCACAUGGCAGCGAGUGCUGGACACAAAUGAUCGUUUUCUGAGAAAAAUCACCAUCGGCCAGUCUCCAACUGAGAAGGGCUUUACCAGAACUGCCCAGUUUGACAUCACUGUGGCCAGUGAGAUUAUGGCAGUUUUAGCUCUCACCACCGGUCUGGAGGACAUGAAGCAGAGACUCGCAAAAAUGGUGGUGGCCACCAGUCGCAGUGGGCAGCCCGUCACCACAGAGGAUUUGGGAGUGUGUGGAGCUCUGACAGUACUCAUGCGAGAUGCCAUCAAGCCCAACCUCAUGCAGACACUAGAGGGAAACCCUGUGUUUGUUCAUGCUGGACCUUUUGCAAACAUUGCGCAUGGAAACUCAUCAAUCUUGGCUGAUAAAAUUGCUCUGAAACUAGUUGGACCUCAGGGAUUUGUGGUCACAGAAGCAGGCUUUGGAGCAGAUAUUGGGAUGGAGAAAUUUUUCAACAUUAAGUGUCGUUACUCUGGUCUCAAGCCUCAUGUUGUGGUCCUGGUUGCCACAGUUCGAGCACUAAAGAUGCAUGGAGGUGGACCAACGGUCACUGCAGGUGCGCCGCUGCCGAAAGAAUAUAUUGAAGAGAAUCUGGCGCUGCUGGAGGCCGGCUGUAGUAACAUGAGGAAACAAGUGGAGAAUGCUCAGCUUUUUGGAGUUCCUGUAGUUGUAGCUGUCAAUGCUUUCAAGACAGACACAAAGGCUGAGCUGGAUCUGAUCUGUAAACUAGCCAAAGAGGCAGGAGCGUUUGAUGCUGUGCCUUGCUCUCAUUGGGCUGAUGGUGGCGCCGGCGCUGUGGAUCUGGCUAGAGCAGUUCAAAAGGCUGCAGACUCUCCCAGCAGCUUCAGAUUUCUUUAUGACAUUAAGUUACCCAUCGCAGACAAGAUCAGAAUCAUCGCGCAGAAGAUCUACGGUGCAGAUGACAUUGAACUUCUCCCAGAGGCCCAGCAGAAGGUGGACCUGUAUAGCAAACAGGGUUUUUCAAGUCUACCCAUAUGCAUGGCAAAAACUCAUCUGUCUCUGUCACAUGAUGCUGAAAAGAAAGGUGUCCCCACUGGAUUUGUUCUUCCCAUUCGUGACAUUCGUGCCAGUGUAGGGGCAGGCUUUCUCUACCCGCUGGUUGGCACAAUGCCGACUAUCCCAGGCCUUCCUACUCGGCCGUGUUUCUAUGACAUUGAUCUGGACACUGAGAGUGGAGAGGUUGUUGGACUCUUUUAAAUGAGGCUCUUUUAUUGGGAUUACAGUUUGUGGCGGUCCAUGUAGGAUUCUUCCAGUGGACUAAAGUCUUCCAUCGUCUCAGAUCAGAGGUUGUUGGUUGUUUGUGUUUCUAACAGAACAGAUGUUGUCAUUAACUUUCCAUCGAUUCUGAUCUAUUACAUUUGUCCAGUUUCCUAAUGAAAAUCCAUUUCUAAUAAAUAUUUUUGCUACUGUACUGGAGCAGAAAAUAAAUCUGUCCAUGCUAUGCUCUGGUCCAGGUGUUUUUGUAAGUGGUUAAAGACUUUUUUUUUUAUGAAUUGUCAUUUCUAAACAUUUUGAACACUGAAAUUUUGUUAUUUCAGUUACAAACUUUAUUCUGUCUCUAAGGUUUCUGGCUACAGUUUAAUUCUUGUCAAGUGCCAAAUGAGAGUAAGUGAGCUUCUGUGUACUGAAAGAUUGUCAGAUUCUGUUUGAAUAUUGUGUGAAAACAAACAUUCAAAUAAAUUGUGACUGAGCCUCAGA